AUGAAACGUAUUCGUAAAAUUGUUUUCAUCGCUCGACAUGCGUUACUUUUUAUGCUGAAACAGUCCACAAUGAAGCGUUUCGUCGUAGUUUCGUUCGUUUUGAAUCUGGUGCUCGCCUUGGCUCAACAGAACCAAGACUACGUUAUUGGAGCAGAAUUACUCAACCGACCAAGUGCCACCUCGAGUGAUAGUGAUAAAUUCUCCUGCCCAGAAGCGCACCCGUUUGUCGAUUGCAGCUGUAUGCACGCCAUCAUCGAUUACGAAAUUCAGUGUCCAAUUGUGAACCCGGAAAUAAUCGUGAAGAUCAAGCCGGAAGCAUAUGCCCAAAUACAGUGUUACGACCGGCACGAUCUUAGUGUUUUGCCGAGCCUAAAGUCAGGGAAUACAACGCAAGUCAAAGUGAUUCAUUGUCCGCUGCCGGAAGAUAAAUCGAUUCUGCAACUGGUUAGUUUCCUGGGAGUGGAAAAUGUGAAAGAUUUUUGGUAUCAAAACUACGGAAAAAGUGUUGAAGUGCAACUGAGUAGAUCGCAUUUUGCCGGAAUGCAAGGCCUUGAAAAACUAUUUCUCAGUGCCGGCAUAGACUACAUCCAGCAGGACCUGUUUACUGAUUUGAGAAAUUUAAAGUGGUUAGUGUUACAAGGAAAUAAUCUUACGCGAUUGGGAAAUGUGUUUAAUAGCCUGAUUGACUUGAUUAUACUGGAACUUGGAGCGAAUCAGAUAACUGAUCUAGAUGCAGGAUUCUUGCAAAAGCAAUCCAAACUGCGGCAUCUGAAUUUGUGGCACAAUGAAAUUCGAAAAGUUUCAAAAGAUAUGUUUCGUGGAGCAGAGUCACUCGAAGAGCUAGAUUUGUCCGUCAACUUAAUCAAGUAUCUAGAACCAGAUGUUUUUGAUGAGCUGCCUCUGCUAUCUACACUGAACCUAGGUUUCAAUCAACUUCAGAGUAUUCCGAAGGGUUUACUUUCUUCUAAUCACCUCAUGAAGGAAUUCAGGAUGAUAAAUAAUCAAGGGCAAAUGGAUGUUCUUCCGGAUGAGCUGUUUGGAAAUCUACCAAACUUGAUCACCGUGAUACUCAGUCGAAACAGGUUCUUUGAAAUCCCAUCCUCGUUAUUCAUCGGAUCUUCAGCUAUUCAACACAUCGACCUUAGCUACAACAACCUACGAUUCCUUCCUGAACAACUGCUACGUGAUCAACAUUGGCUACAGCACCUCAAUGUAGCUAACAACAGACUAGAAAUUAUACCCGAUGAACUAUUGGAGAACACAUCUGAACUUACAUUUCUUGAUUUGUCAUUCAACCGGCUGCAGAACAUCUCAGCCAAAGCUUUUGCAUCGCUGGAUAAACUCAUUGAGCUCCAUCUAGAGAACAACGGAAUUCUUGAAAUUGAUUUGUUUGCCUUUUCUGCUGUCGGAAAUUUACAAAGUCUUUUUCUACAAAAUAAUCAUCUACAGUAUGAAGACAGCACGGACAAAUCUCCAUUCCAAUAUCUGAACAACUUACGUGUUCUAAAUCUCAAGAACAACAGCAUUAGUGCCAUCCUGCACGACUGGAACUACAACGCUCUUCAACUCCAUGAACUGGAUCUAAGCCACAACAAAUUCACCCGGUUGACCUAUCUCAAUCUUCACUUCAUAUCCCGGGACAUCCGGAUUGACCUCACGCACAACCAAAUCUCCCGAGUCGACAUGAGCGGUUUUCGUAUUCCAUCAGCUUCCAAACAACCCCGCAAAACGGGAAAAAUCUGGGUCAACCUCAACGCAAACCCACUGGAUUGUAGCUGCAGUGCAUUAUCGUUCAUCCAGUACAUCCAGGACCCCAGCUCUUCCGUUCGACGAAUUCAGUUUUCCACAAGAGAGCUCCAUUGUCUUGCACCGGAGAAUCUCAACGGCACAAAAGUGUCCAUAGUUCCACUUGCGGAUCUCACAUGUCGAUUGGAUCAACCAAGGUGUCCCGAAGAGUGCCACUGUUCCCAACGACCGAUCGACCUCACAGUUGUUGUCAACUGUACCGGCCGGGGUCUCAUCAGGAUUCCACAACUACCGCAUCCGGAAACCUUCGGAUACAGUUCCAUCGAGCUGCACAUCGACAACAACUCAAUCAACGAACUUCCCACCGAAGGCUUGUCUGCAGUAUCCAUGCUGUUCACUCGGAACAACUCCAUUUCUCAACUGAAAAACCUUCCGAGCAAUCUCCGAGUUCUAGAUGUAUCUAUGAACCGCCUAACAACACUAGACGCCAUCACCAUUCAAGCUCUCAACGGCAGCCUUCCGCUGGAACGACUACACCUAGGUUCGAAUCCGUGGCAGUGUGACUGCAGCUCUGCGCCCUUCCUGGACUUUGUCCAACAGACUUACCAGCUGAUCGCUGACACAAUCCACAUCACAUGUCCAAACGGCCAGCGACUCGUUGCCUUCUCCGUCGUAGAACUGUGCAAGGAACGCUGGAUCAUGAUCGUCGCCGUAUCACUCAGCAUUCUAGUCCUAGGCCUCUUCGUCGGAAUUUCAACCGCCCUCUGCUUCGCUUACAACAACGAAAUCAAAAUCUGGCUCUUCAAGCGCAAUCUUCUCAUGUGCUGGGUCACCGAGCAGGAAGUGGACAAGGACAAGCAAUUCGAUGCGUUCAUAUCGUAUUCGCAUCACGACGAAGACUUCGUAGCGAAUCACCUGGUGCCGACGCUGGAGCAACCACCGAUGAACUUCCGAACGUGUUGGCACGUGCGCGAUUGGACACCCGGCGAGUUGAUAACCGAGCAGAUGACCCAAUCCAUAAGUGAGUCGCGGCGGACAAUCGUGGUUCUGUCCAAGGGUUUUCUGGAAUCGGUGUGGGCCCGAAUGGAGUUCCGAACGGCGCACUUGAACUCAAUCGCCGAGAGACGAUCCCGGGUAAUUGUGAUCCUUUACGAACACUUUGGGGACAUUGAACAGCUGGAUGCAGACUUGAAGGCAUACUUGAGGACCAAUACGUACAUUAGAUGGGGUGAUCCAUGGUUUUGGGAUCGGCUGCAGUACGCAAUGCCUCAUGCUCCGAGGAUCAGAGGCGUGAAGGAGCUGCGGUGUGCGAGGAGCUACGAGCUUGGGUUGUUCGAAGACCGGAUGGAGAUGUCCAAGUCGCAAAUUAUAGCUUACGAUGCGUUUCGAGGGUACCUGAAUCCGACAUUGAGCCGUUCGAUAGGAAGGUCACUGGAGGAGUUCGACGGAGAUGGAAACUUUGAAGGGGUGGAUGCGCUCGACAGUAGAUGUUUCGAUGAGCUGAUCAUUAUCAUAACUAAAGAAAGUGAAGUGUAGUUUAGGGAUACGAAAAGCUGAAUUACUGUUUUCAUGAAGACUGAACAUUAGAAUAAGAAAUUGAUAAUUACAAUAAAUACUGUAAAAUAAAA